AUCAAGACAUGUGGAAGGUGACAAUAAUAAUUCUAUUUUUCCUUCAUGAAACAUUAUGCGAAAGAGAUGACUGCGAUGAAGAAAAUCCGAAAAUAAUUAAAGUAACUGGCAAAAGUUACUUGUAUAGUCCCGGUUAUGCAUCUGGUCAAUAUCCGAAGAACGUCAGAUGUGUUUAUGCACUUUUAAGUGCACCGAACACGUUAAUUCGAUUACGCUUCAAUUACUUCGAUGUAGAAAACACAAGUAGUUGUAAUGGGGAUCAUUUUGCAAUUUAUGAUAAAUUAUCCAAAAAUCAAAGUCCUCGAUACAUAUUUUGUGGUAGUAUUUUACCAUACGAUGUAAUUUCCGAAAAUAAUGAGAUUUAUAUUACUUUCUACAGCGAUUGGAUUCAUACUGGACGUGGAUUCAACGUAUCAUACGAGCUUGUUAAAUCGAAAUUUUCGACGGAAUUCAAUUGCAGAAACAGAAAAUUUAUCUCCAAACAUUUAAUUUGCAAUGGAGUAGACGAUUGCGGCGAUGGCACAGAUGAAGAAAAAUGUGGCCUCCCACCUUCACCCACCCCUGAGUGUGGAGCACCACCCGUUUCUCAUCAUCAACAGUCAGAAGAUCGUAUUGUGGGUGGAACCGAAGCUAUACCUGGGAGUUGGCCCUGGCAGGCAGACCUACAGCAAAAUAACAUAGAACCAAACAGCCACACCUGCGGUGGUUCCUUGAUCAAUUCUCUUUGGGUAGUGAGCGCAGCUCAUUGCUUUAAAUAUUUAAGAGAUAAAACACUCUGGAGGAUCCAUUUGGGCAAUCACAAUAAAUUUAUAAAGGAUGAAUUCGAAUCUGUUAGAUAUAUUGAAAGAUUAAUUAUAUAUCCCGGUAUCGAAGAAGAUACGUUUAUACUAACAGGAAAAUAUGAUAUAAACAAUGAUAUUGCUCUUCUAAAAUUGAAUGCGCCUGUAAAAUUUAAUGAUCAUAUCCGUCCUGUAUGUCUACCCCAACGAAAUUUAAUAUUUACAAAUAAAAAUAAAUGUUUCGUAACUGGUUGGGGAGAAACUAGAGGUACAGGUGGUAGCGAUGUGCUAAAUCAAGCCGAACAGUACUUAUAUGAUAUUGAAAAAUGCAAUCUUCCUGUAAAUUUUAAGGAUACAUCCAACAUGAUAUGUGCAGGUGAUGAAACAGGAGAACAAGGAGGAUGCCACGGUGAUAGUGGAGGACCUUUGGUAUGCCUUCAUCAAAGUAAAUGGUAUCUAGUAGGAACUGUUAGUUUCUUAUUAUCUAAUAACUACUUAACAACAGCAUGUAGCGUUGACGAUGCGCUUGCUAUAUAUUCUAAUGUAUCCAACAAGUAUGAUUGGAUUAAUACUAUGAUAGAAGAAUAUACAUAAUAAUUUUUAUUAUAAAAAUAUACAAUAAAAUAAUAACAAUUCAAAUAAUUUUAACUGUAAAUUCUAUAUAAAUCGAAUAAUAAAUUGAAAAUUCUUUAUACAGCAACUGAUGUGUCCUAUGUAAUAAUGAAGGCAGUACAGUAUUUUUAUCAGUAGGUCAAAGUUUAUAAUGUAUAAUCUAUAUAAAUAUCAACCAACCAAUCUUUAUUAUUUGAUAUAACGGGUGUUAUUAAAAAGAAUGAGUUAAAAUAACAUUGUUACAUUAAAGUUGAUAUACAAACAAAAGUUUCAGAGUUCCAACCCCUUUUACUCAAAUAAUGAACGUUUUGUAACUAAUAUUAGUCGUUGAUCACAAUCCAGAAGGAACGAAUUUUCACUUAAAAAAUACGUAUAACUAGAGAAUGACAUCUAAUAUUAUUUAAUAGUCCUUUAACUAUAACAGGACAUGGCUUCAAAAAAGAAUUAUAGUUUAUCUACAAAUUAUAGUGAGGUCUUCACAAUUCCAUGUCCUGAGACAGAUCUAUUAAUACGGAACACCUGUUUAAAGCAGUGGCGUAGCGGGGGGUAGUAAGGGGGUGUAUCAUGCACCGGGCGCC